AUGGACCCAGCCGAGGAGACCGCUAUUCGUUCUGCUCUGUCUCAGCAAGUGGCUCUGCUUGGUCAACAUCAAGAGCAGAUAUCCAUAUCUAACCGCACCAUGGAGGUGAUGGCCUCGCAGCUCACUGAGCUUACGACGCUGGUUCAGCGACUCCACCUCCCUCCUGAUCCUAGUCCAGCACAGGAUUUACCUCCUCCCUCAGAUCCGAUGUGCGAAUCCAUCCCCCAGCUCCAUACAUGGCCCACUACUUUUACCUCCGACACCAUGAAGAUUGCAUAUGUAAUCACGCUCCUUUCCGGGAAGGCUGGAGAAUGGGGAACGGCGAUGUGGGACAACCGUCAUGCAUGCUGCUCAUCCUAUGAGGCCUUUCCUAUGGAGCUCCUCCGGGUUUUCAACCACACCGCUCAAGGCCGGGAGGCAGGGAGAUUGUUAUCUGGACUUUCCCAGGGGAACCGGUCGGUAGUGGACAUUGCAAUUGAGUUUCGCACUCUGGCUGCCUCCAGUGACUGGAGGAUUAUCCGACUCUGUCCAGGAUGA